AUGCCGGGGAACAACCACCGGUUUAGACAUUCUCCCAUGGAAUGCCCGGGAACAAACAGCGGUGUAGUAGACAUUUUCCACAGGAGCUUCGAAAUUCCCAAAGCCCAUAUAGAAUCAACUGCAUCGGCGACGUCGAAGAAAGGAAAGGCAAAGACACCCAAGAAAGCAGCUACCAAGAAAACCACGGAGAAGAAACCAGCCAAGAAAACUACCAAGCCCAAGACCCCUAAGAAAAAGGCUGCCAAGUCUCCGAAGAAAGCUAAGACAGACAAGCCUAAGAAAGCUAAGGCUGCAAAAAAGUAA